GUUGUGGUCGAGGGUACUAGCAAUUAAAAAAUAAAUUACAUGUGACGUGAUAAAUUUCCAGGAAAAAAUAUUUCACCUCUCCCUGUAGUUCAAAAGUCGCUAGUAAAUUUUUGUGGAAUUUCAUUCAGCGAUCACACAGUAAAUAAAAAUACAAGUUCUAAUUCUGAAAUCCUUAAUAGUGAUUGUUAUCUGUUGUGUCAUCUCAGAAAUAAAACCAUGGAAAUGAUUAAAUUCUUAUCAAAAGUAUUACUAAUGACAUCAUUUAUGACCACUGUAACCGUCGCUAGAUAUAUUCCGGCGAACAAUUACAUACUUUUGGAAAAAUUAAUAAAUCGUUACGAUCCAAGUGUCAUUAAUUAUGAUUACAUUGAAGACGAUCCGGACAAUCAGGUGGCUGCGAGAAAAGAUGCGCUUUUACUGGAGAAAUUAAUGCUGACGUUACAGAAAAAUACGGAGGAGGAUUCUCAAAUGAUGGAUUUCCAGGGUAGAAAAAAUUCAUUACUUGAAGAACCACAGUUUCAGAAACUUAUGAUCAGAAGAAAUAGAUCUGAGAAUCGGAAAACUGGGAUGGAUCUUCAACGACGAGGGCGCAUCAACGGAAGUGUAUACUGGAAAUGUUAUUUUAAUGCCGUCACAUGUUUUUAAAAUAAAAUAUUUUAAAAAUUGACAAAUAUACGAUAAUCCCUUAUUAUAUACAUAUAUAUAUAUAAAUAUGUCAGCAUUCUUUUAUUGUCUCUACAUCUUUUGAAAAAAAAAGCCUAAUGCACA